AUGCCACGGGUCUCACAACCUCCGUCCUCGCCCACCAUCGAACUCAUAUCCCUCUCGCCAACGUCCUCCCUCUCGCCCGACUCGCCGCUGCUCACGCCCACGUCCACGGCGCCACAGCCGCGCUGGGCGCUCCCAUCACGAACCCGACUCCAGCGCCUCCUCGACGACACUCGCACGGCGCUGCGCACAAGACGCCUCGUGCCCCUCCCGCGGCCGUCCUGGAAGUCGGGCGUCCUCUUGGCGCUCCUCGCCUACACAAUCGCAUGCCUGGCCCUCUCCAUACCGCCCUUCGCCUCCCGCCUCCCGGGCUACACGGGGCCUCACGCCGUCGGCGCCAUCGACAUGGAGGUGCCGCUCCCGCAGGCCCGGCUCGUCGCCGACCCCGUCUUCAAACGCUCCCUCGCCCCGGCGUUCGAGCUCGAGACCCUCCUCCUCACAAUCUACUACCCGGCGUCGCACGACGCCCAGCCCACCAAGCCGCCGCUCCCCUGGAUCCCGCGGCCCGUCAGCCUCACGGCCAGGGGAUACGCGCGCUUCGCCCGCCUCGACAACGCCCUCGCCCGCCCCGUCUUCACGCUCGCCCUCUGGCUCGUCGCCGGGGCCAUCACCAUCCCCGCCAAGGUCGACGUCCCGCUGCUGCGCGGCGGGCCUGGCGCGAGGCUCCCCGUCGUCGUCUUCUCCCACGGCAUGGCCGCCUCCCGCACCGACUACACAAACUACCUCGGCGAGCUGGCGUCGCGCGGCGCCGUCGUCGCCGCCAUCGAGCACCGCGACGGCUCCUCCCCCGGCACCUCGGUCAAGCUGCCGGGCCGGCCCGCCAAGGACCGCCUUCACUUCCGGGAGUCGGACCUCUUCGCGUCGCCCACCAACCACACGCCCGUGGACACGCCCGCCAUGAAGCGACACCAGCUCGCCUUCCGCGACGCCGAGAUCCUGGAGACCAUCCGUCUGCUGCGGCGCGUCGACGCCAACGCCUUCGUCCCCAGCGCGCGCUCCCCCCCGCCCGAGUCCCUGGGCUCGUUCUCAUCCCGCCUCGACUUUGGCAACCUCGUGACGGCGGGCCACUCGUACGGCGCCACGGCCACCCUCCAGGCGCUCGGGAAAGCGUCACCCGACGACGACGCGCCCAACCCGUCGGUCGGCGGCAUCGCCCUCGAUCCCGGCAAGGAGAGCGGGCCCCUCAACACGGCCUUGAACGUGUCCCUCCUCGUCGUCCACUCAAACUCGUGGUCCAAACAACGCACCAUCUUCUUUGGCAGGCCGCACUUCGACACCGUCCGUGACCUGGUGGCGGGCGUGCUCAAGACCACCGGCGCGGCCUGGUUCCUGACAAGCCUGGGCACAAGUCAUCCCAGCGUGUCGGAUGCCCCCCUCAUAGAGCCUCUCUUGCUGAGCUGGACGACGGGCGCGACGCUGAAUGUCAAGGAGGCCUUGAGGGAAUACGUUCGUGUUUCGCACGACUUUAUCAAAUCUCUGGCCACCGCCAAAGUGGAGGGAAUUCUCGACGAAAAAGUUACCCACACCGAAUACAACAAGUGGGUGAGCCGUGAGAGGAAAAAGUCCUUUCCCAAGGACAUGGCCCGCUUAUGGGAAAUACAUGUCAGUCCUGCCUCGUCAAACGACUUCAGGAGCCGAGACGGACAGAGGUGA